AUGGCUGCAUCGGACGGGCGCCUUGUAUCGAGUUCAAUGCUGGCCUGGCUAGAUGCUUUGGAAAAAGAUUUUGAUAAGGCUUUUGUUGGCUUGGACCUACUAUUGGGCGAAAUUGACUCCGACCAGGCCGACAUAAUGUUUGAAAGCCGUCAGAAGAUGACUUCGCUUAGUGGUGCGUUUGCUCAAUUGGUGCAUAAGGCACAAACGAUCUUCCAGCGCAAUGUGCGCCAGGAGGUCUGUUCUCUUCUUUAUUCUGCAGAAUUAUCACAACAAGACAAACUGAGUUUUGCCCAUUCACAACUUCAGUAA